AUGUACGGAAGAGUUAAAAGCUGGAUUCUUGUAACACUAUUACUACUGCAUGCUAUCGUUACGGAAGCAAAAGUAGGAGAUGUGAAACGUUCCGCAUUAGAUGAAAUGCAAGUCCUGCAAACAGAUAAUAUAGAGGUCAAAGAAGACAAUGGAAAAGAGAUCGAAAAAAUGAAUGCAGCAGAGGUCACAGCAACGGAUGUAGCAAAAGGAAAUUUAAAACAAGAAAUGAGUGCUCAAGAAGCUGGAUUAUCAAAUUCUAUAGGCUACAAUAAUUUGUUCAAAGCAAAACGUUUUGCACAUCAGAUUCCAAUGAAGUCAACAGACGAUCCACUGCACACUAACAUAUUGAAAGAAAUGUUACUAAAGAAAAUGCUGGUGAACGGUGCAAAGCGUGGAAAAUUUGAAAAUGAAGGUGAUAGUGACUAUGAAUAUGAUUUACGAUUGUGUACGGAGUACCUUAAACUUAAAUCAAAAAAGUUUGCGGUAGAAAAAUAA